GAUAUAUCGACAUCCACAUUUCAUUUUUCUCUUCUAUACAAUGUUAAUUAUCUCUUUGACGCUCAAUUACAAGACAAAACUACUACUCUAAAUAAUAUUUCAAAUGAUAAAGGCCUAAUUGGAUCUACUACAGAUAUAAGACUACUAUAA